GACCUGCACAUGUCACACUUCAGUUUUGCAAGGACUUCUGCAUUUGCUGGCUCCACCCAGCCUGAAACUGCUAAAAUAUCACAGCAGGGUGGCAGCCCAGCACCCAGACGCGGCUCUGGUGAUCAAAUGGCCUUCUGAGUAACUCUAGUCUCCAGUCAGAACCACUGGGGUGGAGGGACCCAUAGCGAACCUAUGUAUUUAUAAAAACCACGGAAAAGCAUCCAUAUAUAUACUGCUAAGGAGUCAAAGGACAAAGAAGUAGAGGGAAAAAGGAUGCUGCUAUUUAUGAAUCAUCGUCGGGUGUAAAACACAUCGCAAUUUCAAGAGAUGUUGAGUGAAAAAAGGUGCAUCCCGGAAUCGAUGAAAUAUGAACAUAUGUGAAAGCAGUCAGGAACUCUCCAUCAACCACACGGCCCUUCCGACAAGAACAGGGACUCAAGGAUGGGAGUGGUGAGCAGCAAAAAGCAGGUGAAGGAGAAAGGUAAGGGCCUCUGGAGCCCUGUGAAGGUCAGCACCCAGAGCCAAGAUCCCCCACCACUGCCUCCCCUGGUCCUGUUUAACCACCUGGCUCCUUCACCUCCGGACAUGCACCCAGACCAAGAGGAGCAUUUCGUGGUGGCCCAGUAUGACUACACCUCAGUGAAUGACAGGGACCUGCAAAUGCUGAAGGGGGAGAAGCUACAGAUAUUAAAGGAAGUUGGAGACUGGUGGUUGGCCAGGUCUCUCAUCACAGGAAGAGAAGGCUACGUGCCCAGCAACUUUGUGGCCCGAGUAGAGACCCUGGAGGUGGAAAAGUGGUUCUUUAGAUCAAUUAGCCGGAAAGAUGCUGAGAGGCAGCUUCUGGCUCCAAUCAAUAAGGCGGGCUCCUUUCUUAUCAGAGAGAGUGAAACCAACAAAGGUGCCUUUUCUUUGACUGUGAAGGAUGUGACCACCCAGGGGGAAGUGAUCAAACACUACAAGAUCCGCUCCCUGGAUGAAGGGGGCUAUUACAUCUCCCCCCGCAUCACCUUCCCCACUCUCCAGGCUUUGGUGCAACAUUAUUCUCAGAAAGGCGAUGGCUUAUGCCAGAGACUCACCCAACCCUGUGUCAGCCUGGCUUCCCAAGACCUGUGGGUCCAAGAUGAAUGGGAAAUCCCCCGGCAGUCUCUCAAGCUGGUCAGGAAACUCGGGUCUGGGCAAUUUGGCGAAGUCUGGAUGGGUUAUUACCAAAACACCGUGAAAGUGGCCAUCAAGACUCUAAAGGAGGGGACCAUGUCUCCGGAGGCCUUCCUGGGUGAGGCCAACCUGAUGAAAACUCUUCAGCAUGAGAGGCUUGUUCGUCUCUACGCCGUGGUCACCAAGGAACCCAUCUACAUCGUGACCGAGUACAUGGCCAGAGGAUGCUUACUGGAUUUCCUGAAGACAGAUGAAGGUAGCCGACUGUCCCUCCCAAGACUGAUCGACAUGUCAGCCCAGAUUGCCGAAGGAAUGGCGUAUAUCGAGCAAAUGAAUUCAAUCCACCGCGACCUGAGGGCGGCCAACAUCCUGGUGUCUGAGUCCCUGUGCUGCAAAAUCGCUGACUUUGGCCUGGCCCGCAUCAUUGACAGUGAAUACACUGUCCAAGAAGGCGCCAAGUUCCCCAUCAAGUGGACUGCCCCAGAGGCCAUCCAUUUCGGGGUGUUCACCAUCAAAGCAGACGUGUGGUCAUUUGGAAUCCUCCUGAUGGAAAUCGUCACUUAUGGGCGUGUACCCUACCCAGGAAUGAGCAACCCCGAGGUCAUCCGCUGCCUGGAGCGCGGCUACCGCAUGCCGCGCCCCGACACGUGCCCGCCACAGCUGUACCACGGUGUCAUCACCGAGUGCUGGCGGAGCCGGCCGGAGGAGCGGCCCACCUUCGAGUUCCUGCAGUCGGUGCUCGAGGACUUCCACACCGCCACCGAAGGGCAGUACGAGCUCCAGCCCUAGGCCCGGCUCGAGGACACGGGUCUGGCCAGCGGCGGAAGGGCCCGGAGACGGCUCGCGCCCCCCGCCCAACCUGUAGAAGUGACGAGGCGUGUUCACCUCGAGUCUCUUACCCCAGCCCCAGGCCGACUGGAAGGGCAGGGAGGAAUUGAUAGUCCCGUUUCUAGAUGAGGGAAGGAGAGAGAGAGGCAGCCUCACAGGUGGGUCACGCAACAUGGAGUCCGGAGAUCCCAUCGCAGUCCCACCCUUCUUGGGCUGUGUGACCUUGGGCAAGUUAUUUAGCCUCUCUGUGCCUCCACUGUUUCGUUUGUACAGUGGGGGAGAACCAUAAUAGUACCUACCUCCUUAUGUUCCUCAAGAGGAUUACAUUAGUUAACCCCAGUAAGAUGUUCAGAAUAGCGCCUGGCACACUCCUGGCACACCGUUAAGUGUUUGGCAUCCUUGUAAGACUCCCCUGUGCUGGCGCCCAAAGCGAGAAGUCCGCAGCAAGUGGCUAGGAAUCGCGCUGCUCCCACCUGUGCGGACCGCGCCCUGGCGCGGCUCCCUCUCUACUACCCCAGAAGCAGGACUGGGUCCCCCGAGAUGUCCGCUCCGAGAAGUGUCCACCUGCUUCGGCUCUGGGCAGGUAGCUCUGACCUAGACUGCACUCCAGCACUUUGGGACUCUUCUGUAAUAAAGUCACAAGAUCUGACCUUUGCCGUGUCGUUACUGGUGACAAGCCUGGACAUCGCUACAUGACGUAGGUGUUUUGCAUGAGUGACGCAGCAAGGGACUCGCUGUUGGCCCUGGGUUUCCGGUGGAGCUCCCAGCUCCAAGGACAGCACCGAAGAAGACUCCACGGUCAUUGCCUUUAGGGGAGACUUGAGCAGGGCCAGCAGGUGGCGCCCUCACCUCAGCAAUCCUGGCCUCCGGGAUGCUUUGCUCCGACAGCGGUAGCUACAAGGGUGCUGGGUGCACGCAGAGAGAGGAGGGAGCUCCCCAGGCUCCAGUCUCGGGACCAGGCGCAUUAACGAUGCGCAGAUGAUCAGGCGAUGGUGACACCAAAACCGUCAAGGCUUCGCACUGCUCAGGCGGCUCGCUGUUUAUUUUUUGUUUUAUUUAGAAUAGACUUAUUAUAAUAGAUUAUUAUGAAAUAGAUUUAUUAUUGUAGAUUUUCUGAGCUUUUAGGUUUACUGAAAAAUACACGGAAAGUGCAAAGAAUGCCCAUCUACCCCUCAC